UUCCUAGUUGGGCCGCUGAAUUGUGCAAUGUUUUGUAAUCGUAUUUACAAAAUUCUUUAAUCGGACUUUUAUAAAUAAGAAAUGUUGCGCCGCGUGCAGUGCUUGCUCCGGCUGCACGGUAAUGGACAUCAAUCAAUGGCCACACGCUUUAGAUGCUACGCCACAGAUGAGGGGAAUCCAAAAAAGAAUCCGACUCCCAAUCAAAGGGCCCAGAAGCCCGGCACCAAAAACCUGCCAGCUGUGAGGAAUCCCUUUGCAGCGGCGCAGGAUAAGACGAAGAACACCUACCUGACCAUGGUCGAGAUCUUCCAGGAGCGUGACGUGCAUCGGCGGAACCAUGUGGAGUUCAUAUACGCGGCGCUUAAAAACAUGGCGGAUUUCGGCGUGGAACGAGAUCUGGAGGUCUAUAAGGCUCUGAUCAACGUGAUGCCUAAGGGCAAGUUUAUACCCACCAACCUGUUCCAGGCGGAGUUCAUGCACUACCCCAAGCAGCAGCAGUGCAUCAUAGAUCUUCUUGAGCAGAUGGAGGACUGCGGGGUGAUGCCCGACCACGAAAUGGAGGCAAUGCUGCUAAAUGUGUUUGGCAAACAAGGACACCCGUUACGCAAAUACUGGCGCAUGAUGUACUGGAUGCCCAAAUUCAAAAACCUUUCACCCUGGCCUCUGCCCGAUCCUGUACCGGAUGACACCUUGGAAAUGGCUAAGCUGGCACUGGAGCGCAUGUGUACGGUUGACCUGAGAUCCAAGAUCACUGUCUUCGAGACCAGCGAGCUGAAGGAUGCCAUUGACGAUACGUGGAUUGUGAGUGGAAUGAGCCCUGAGCAGGAGAAACUGCUACGGGAGCACUCUCGCCAAAAGGCUCUGUACAUCGAGGGACCCUUCCUUAUAUGGUUAAGGAAUCGUCAAAUUAACUACUUUACCCUGCGUGCCGAUGCAGAUCCUCAGUUCCUGUCCCAGUUGGAUGAGAGGCAGCUGGACGAAGACGACGUAUCCCACAUAGAAGUGCCUUUCUUUGGUCGUGCUCCACCAAGACGUCACAAUCAGCUGGGAAAACUGCGCUCAGUACACCAGCAGGAUGAUGCCACCAUCCUGGCCAUCUGUGCCACAGGCACCUCGACAAAGGAUUCCCUGUUAUCGUGGAUUCGCCUGCUGGAGAAAAACGGAAACCCAUCCAUUGGGGAGGUGCCCGUCCUUUUCCGGUUUACAUCCGAAGUGCCUGCCAAGGCGGAAGAGAUCGAGAGUGGCACCAGUGUCCCAGCAACAAGUGAUAGCAGGAGUAGUCAGGAUGAGCAAAAAAGCAGUAGGAGGGAAUAAACAAAUUGUAGAUCCA